CCCAUGUUCUUGGCACAGGGAGAGCCAGGGUCACGCGCUUGGGGCCAGCCCCAAGCUGCCCCGGGCUGCUCUUCCCCAGGCUGCACAGAGCCGGCUCCACCGGCCUCUCCUGCGGGCCCAUGCUCCGGCUGGGGAGACGUUUGCCCGACUCGGGGCCCGUCCCUGCGGCUGCUGGAGCGAUGCAAACCCUCGGUUGCUUUCCUUCCAGGUUUCUUCACUUGUGUAGGUGCCCAGUCGGGACCUGCGCGUGGUGAGGACGGUGGCAAGGCGGCCGGGUCUGUCCCUGUGGCCAUCGCUACCUUUGCCACCGUGGUGACUUCUCUGUUGAACCGGCUGCAAGACGCCGAGGGCAGCAGAGCGGAGACCUACCGCGAGCUGGAGAGCGUCUUGUGGGGCGACGAGAGCCAUCUGCAGAGCUCUGAGGUGGACAGAGUGAUAGCAGUGGCGUUGGAGGACCUGCGAGCGGCCCAGGGUGGGACGGCCUCCGUGAGGACGGCGGCUAGUGAUGUCCUGGUGGCGCUGGCCCGCUCCCACUUGUGCGACGUGGUGUCGGCGCUGCAGGGCCACCUGAAGGCCCUGGAGGAGACGUCGGAGGAGUUUGUCCUCAUCACCCUGCGCAACCUCGCCACACGCUACGCCCUGCAGUGCGUGCCCUUUGCGGCAACGACACUGUCAGCCCUGCGCGGCGUGCUGAGCGAGGUGGGGAGCGGCCGGAUGCUGUGUGCCGUCUGCGGCGGCAGAUCUCCUUGCAACCUGUGCCCUGGCGAGCCUGGCCUGGGCUUAAAGCAGGCCCGCAGGCCAGUGCAAGGUCUUCACCAGUCAGAGACUUUGGUGCGAUCCUGUUUCCCUUCUUGUGCUGCAGUUCUGGAGCAGUGGUGCAGCGGCAUAAGCAUGUACUUCCGCGAGGGGGAGAAAGGUGCCUUCCCUCGCCUGGGGCCUGCCCAGCUCUGUGCCCACGUUUACCCGCUCUUCUGCUACGUGAGCAGAAAGCGGCAGUGCUGCGAGGAGGAAGAGGUCAAGCAGGCUGUGCUCAGGGCGAUGGGUGCCAUGAUGGGUGUCCUCCUGCACGUGGAGGAGCACCGUGAGCACGCCUGGGAGCAUCUCCUCUGGCUGCUGCACCAGUAUCGGGAAGUCUGGGACCCCUCUGGGGUGACCGUGAGUCUCGGCUAUUUCCUGGGGGCUGUGGCAGACAUUCAGACCCGCGUGCCCCGGGCCAGGCAUCUGGCCAUCGCCACUGCUGUGCACCAGCAGCUCUGCGAUGAGAUGGAGCCGCCCAGCCCAGAGCACAGAGCAGAGCUGUGCCGCUGCAUGGUGCUGCAGGCCCGAAUUUGCCCGGAGGAGACCAUCGAGUUCCUCUACUACAAGCUGAGGAACGGGAACAAGGCCGAUCGCGUGGCAGCCGUGGCAGUGCUGCAAGCUCUGGUCCGCUCUGACGCCCCAGACACGAGGGAGAAGCUGCCCCUGUUUGCGAAGCUGGUGCAGUCCGUGUGCCAUGACCCCGCGGCCCAGGUGAGGAGGGCAGUGCUGCAUUUCAUUGGGGAGCUGCUGCGCUCCAGUGCCCUGGGCUGCUCGGCGUGGGACGUGGUGGGGCACCUCUUCAGCGAGUUCAGCCGGGCCUCGGGCAGACUGGCAAUGGGAAACCUUAGCAUGGUGAAAGCGCGGGAAGAAAGGGCUGUUCAGAGCCUGUGCGCCCACGUGCUGGGCACGCUGGAUGUCUCUGCCGGAGCGGUGGCCAAACUCCUGUGGCCGAAGCUGCUGUGGUACGUGGUGCCAGCCAAGUACACGGGCAUGUUGGUCCCGCUCUGCCGCUGCCUGCGCAGCCUGGCCGAGAGACGGGACAGGGCAGAGCAGGAGCAAGAGGAGGCGGCGCCUGAGGCCCUGGAGUCUGAGGAGCCAGCCGCUCUGCCAGCUCCCCAGGCCCUGCUGGCUCGCCUGCUGGUGGUGGCGGCAGUGGCUCCACACGCGGGCGGUGGCCGUGGAGCCGCGGCCCUGCAGCUGCUGCAGGCGCUCCCCGGCACGAUCCACGGAGCCGUGGGGGCAAAGUGGGCCGCAGACAUCCCCCUGCUGCUGCAGCACCUGGCAGGAACAACAGCGAGCUCCCUGGACGUGGCCGAGUGGGAGAGCCUUCUGCUGAAGUUCCUGCAAACCUCUCUGGAGCUCAUUGCGAGUGAGGCCUGGACCGUGGGCCUGAGCCAGGAGCUGAGCCGGCAGCUGGGCAGCUCUCCCCGCCUGUCCUGGGAGAAGCGGUUCCUGUACAAGGCUCUCGGCACGGCCCUGGCAGCUUGUGGGUGUCUCCACCACGUGCAGGAGCAGACCUUGGAGCACCUGAAAGCAGCCAACUUCCUGGAGCUGUGGCAGGCGCAGGGCAUGGUUUCAGUUGUGUCCCGCUGUGCCGAGAGCCACUUCCAGCUGGCCUUGUCCUUGGUGAAGGAGUUCACGGGGACUUUGAAACGCAAGAAGAGCAAGGCAAGAAGGACCCGCGCUACUCGCGCUGCGCUGCUGGUGAUGUACGGCCGGAUGGCGCUGCGCGCCCCCAGGGAGCAGCUGCUCGCCCGUGUCGAGAGAGACGUGGUGGCGAAUGUCCUGCAGCUCUACCGAGAGGGCUGCCAGGAUGCGCAGCUGAAGCUCUCCCUGGUGCAGAGCAUCACUGAGAUCAGCCUUGCCAUCCAGGCUGCAGGCGCCGGCCCCAGGUUUGAGCUCUGCUGCAAGCGGGAGCUGCUGCAGACCCUGCUGGAGGUGAUUCAGGAAGAGCCCCAGGAGUCCCCGGUGCACCCCCGGGCCCUCGUGGCCAUGCAGCAGUUGAGCAAGCUGAAGCCCCGUCUGAGCAGGGAGGAAAACCGCCACCUCCUGGCUCAGUGCUGCCAGGGCAUCGUGUGCCUUCGUCGCCCGGAGCAGAUGGACAGGAGAGGGCAGACGGCGGUGGCUGCUUCAUGCCCACCGGGUGUGCAGGCGCCGUCCCUGCGAGCGCUGGGCCAGCUCAUGGGAGCCCUUCUCUGGGCAGAGCUGGCCCCCAUCCGCUUCGAGGACAUGGUGCAGGUCCUGCGGCGCUGGCUCACCUCGGCCCACGCAUGCGAGCGGGAGAGGGCCCUGCAGGUGUGCGUGCAGGUGCUGGGCUCUUAUGAAGAGAGAUGCGAGCACAGGCGAGGCCGUGCCUGCGAGUGGUUCGGCUCCCUGGCGGGACUGCUGGGGCCUCUGACGUGCGACACGUCGGCCGCGUCCCGCUGGUGGGCAGUGACCUGCCUCGGCCACCUGCUCCGAACAGGAGCCGAGAACACAGACGUGGCGCCCUGGACCAACGAGAUCGGGCGCCUGCGUGAGAGGCUCAGUGCCAUCACCUCUGAGUCUCUGCUGGCCACCUCCACCAACAUUGCGAAGGUAACUGGCCCCUGGAGUGCAGAGACGUGA